CAAUUACUUAUUAGUUUCACAUGAAAUGGCUAUCUAUUAAUAUUUUUGGCACCCAACAUUUCAGAGUUCCCUUUCGAAAACUUUAAUUGAUCUCUCCAAACAAACACCAUCUUAAGCAUAACCUAAUAAGAUAAUUAUUAGGAAAAUAACUAAUAAGGAAAAAUUACAAUUGUCCCAAAGCCGAUAGCUUCUGCGAAAGUUCGCCUCCAAAUGCUUUUUCAGUUCCUCACAGGAAAAAAAAAAAAAAAAGAAAAACGCUUAGAUUACAAAUGGAAAAAAAAAUUCCGCCAAACGCGCCACUACGGCUCCUCUUUUUCUACUCGCCAAAAUAUCCAUUCAGUAAGUUUCUUGACCAACACACAAAGCCCAACUCCUCUAUCCCCACAACAGCCACCAUAUCGCACCCAUCAGUUUUCCGGGGUUUUCUUACCUCUCUCUUUCUCUCCAUUCUUUCUCCGUUAAAGCCCCAGCAGGAAUUUUUUUUCAGAAACCCCAUCACAACUCCUGGGGUAAAAGUCCCGUCUUGGAUAAAAAUCCCAGGUGGGUUUCGCUGAUCAGAAGGCGGGAGGGAGGGAGGGGGUUUGAAGGAGGGUUUUUUUCUUCUCUUUAUCUGGGUCGAUCGAGAUGUUGGUGAAGGCGGCGGGUUCGGAUCUCGUCGGAGGUGUUGGCGCCGGCGAUUUCAAGUGGCCGCCCGGGUUCAGGUUCCAUCCGACAGACGAGGAGAUGAUUCUUUAUUACUUGAAGAGGAAGAUCUGUAGGAGGAAGCUGAGGCUUAAUGUCAUCUCUGAACUCGAUGUUUACAAGUGGGAUCCUGAGGAUUUGCCUGGGCUGUCGCUAUUAAAAACCGGAGAUAGGCAGUGGUUCUUCUUCAGUCCUAGAGACCACAAAUACCCUAAUGGAGGAAGAGCAAAUAGAGGAACUGCACAUGGAUACUGGAAAGCCACUGGGAAAGAUCGUGUCAUCACAUGCAAUUCCCGGAAUGUUGGGGUGAAGAAGACCCUAGUUUUCUAUCGAGGUCGUGCUCCUACUGGUGAGCGAACCGAUUGGGUCAUGCACGAGUACACUUUAGAUGAGGAGGAACUCAAGAGAUGUCCUAAUGUCAAGGACUACUACGCACUUUACAAAGUUUACAAGAAAAGUGGACCUGGUCCCAAAAACGGUGAGCAGUAUGGAGCUCCAUUCAGAGAGGAAGACUGGGUAGAUGAUGAGAAAGCUGUCGUCUCUGUUCCAGAAGUUCCUGCUAGCAAGGGAAACAACAAGUUUCAUCUUCCUCCUCCUGUAUGCAAUGAGAAAGCUGUUGUCUCUGUUCCAGAAGUUCCUGCGAGCAAGAGAAACAACAAGUUACCUCUUCCUGUUUGCAAUGAGAAAGCUGUUUGUCCAGUCGAGCCAUCGUCAGAUGAUCUGUUUGACCUAAUUAGGGAUAUUGUCGAGGAACCCAUGCGUGACCCACGACCAGUAGUCACGGAAUCCUGUCCGCUAUUCCAGGUUGAUGCUGAAGGAGGAGCAGAGAGCACAGUGGUCAAUUCGUCGACAAGAGAUUUCACCAUCCCCAAGCUCAUAGAAGCUUCUUCUGGAAAUGGUCAGCAGUAUGAGAAUCACUCUGGCCUUGACUUUGAAUGGUCAGAUAUUUCCAAGUUGGAACAGCAUGAGACUCCUGAAGUCACUUCUGCAGCUAACAACCCUGAACAGCUUCUUCUGUUGAGCGAAGGGGAUUUCCUGGAAAUGGAUGAUCUACUUGGGCCAGAACCUUCAGAAUCUAACUCCGGAAAUCCACUGCCAGCUGUUGGUUCCAAUGUGGAGGAGCCUGCUGAGAAUUUGCUGUUUGAUGGUCUGGACGGAUUAUCUUCUUUAGAGCUAUAUCAUGAUGCUGCCAUGUUUCUAAGAGACAUGGGGCCUCUUGGUCAGGAUACAAUGUCACAAUCUCGAGGAGGCAAUGUGGUUGAUGAAGUGGGUUACCAGUAUCAGCAUUCUGCAGUAAACCAGAUAAAUUAUGAAGCACAGCUUCAGUUUGAUUACUCUUGGCAACCCGAAUAUACUAUGAAUGAAGUAGACCAGAGCCUGCAAACACAAUCAUGUAAUGGACUCUACGUCAACAAUAAUCUUCAAGGGAGUGAUCUGAAGACCAUUGGUGGAACGAAUUAUGGAGCUAACUUGCAACAAACUUCAGGUAUGAUUUGUGAUUCUACCGAACAUUAUCCCGGAGUAAAUCAAAAUCAAGCCAGGACUACUAAUAAGGAUGAUACUUCUGGCUGGUUCUCUUCCGGGCUGUGGUCCUUUGUCGACUCAAUACCUUUCGAACCUGCAUCAGCUGCAGAGAAGCCUCUGGUAAAUAAGGCUCUGCUACGGAUGUCAAGCCUACGAAGGUUGCGGAUGAACAUCGUAAACCCUAACUUAGCAGCUGCUCAAGCUGGCAAUGCUGGUGGUGGCACUGCAAAUGUAAGGAAGUCAGGGACGAACAAAGGCCUGGUGGUGUUAUCAUUGUUGGGAAUCUUGAUUGCUGUUCUGUGGGUGUUGAUAGGGAACGUAAAACUCUUCGGUGGUAGAUCAAUAUCGACAUGAAUAAACAUGAAUAAACGUGUGGGAAGAGUGUUGUUUAGGUUUAGGUUUAGGUUCGUCUCAGCUGUACAUAUUCAUCUUUACUGGGGUGGUUUGGCUCCAGAAAAUUUGUAGGUGCCUUGGGAGUUGGGGAAGGUACUGCAAAGUUUUGUUGGAUGGGUAGGGGAAUGAGAUGAGUUUAGGUGACCUGAGCCCUGGUUCUUAUGAACAUUGGAAUAUCAGUAAGAAUCGUUUAGUACAUGUCUUGACAAUUUUUAUGUAAACAUUUGUUUCUUCUUCCUCUGUACUGUCUAGAUAGCCCAUUUGAAGACAUAUGAAGAUCAAUUAUCAAAUCGCCAUUAUAUUUGAUUUGAUUCAAUAUGAAUGUUAAUUUGGUCCAUUUCUCUCGAGUAUUCAUAAAAUUCAUAGGAUCAAAAAUUGGAACACGUUAUGUUCUAUUAAGUAUUGUCUGGUCUAAGCGUCGGUUUAGUUUUGCACACCCUUACUUCUAGCCUCCAGGUAGAAUAACAAAAUCUAGAUUGAGUUAUAAUAUCAUGAUAAAAUCAAACAUACAAGUCUUUGGUACUGAUUGUCUAACAUAUUAUUGAAUCGGGUACAGUUUCACAAAUGUUGAUAUUGAUGAGGAAAUCAAUGGGCCAAUCACUCGAGCUAAGGCUAAGGCAUUCAAAGACAAGUUUGCUACUUAUUUGGAGUGCUAUUUUUGAGACAUGGAUGUGGAGUUGCUGAAGUCCAAAGCAUGUAUGAUGAUUCAAGUCGUGGAAGAAGAAGGAAGUGCUAAAGAGAAGGCAGAUUGCAAGAAGCAUCCUUAACGGGUUUGCUUAACGGGUCCAACCUUAACGGGUUUGGGCUUAACGGGUUUGCUGGGAUGUUUCCGAGUUUCCUUGUUUUAAAGUCGGUUUAUGAUUGUUUUUCCAUGUUGGAGUCGGAUUUGGGUUGUACUUUGCCUAUUUAAAGGGCUGAACACGUUGGUUUGCCCUUAGACAAUUAUCACCAAACUUCUGAUUUAUUCAAGGCUUUUGCCAAGUCCUCCUUUGAGGUUUCUAGCCCUACUUUCUUCCAUUGAGCGAAUUCUGGAGAGAGCUAGAGCAAACUCUUAUCAAUCGGAUAUCCACUUUGAUUGUGGCGAGUUCUACCCCUUCCAAUUGCUCUUUACUUCUAGCUGGGAUUGUCCGAUUGGUUUGACAUACCAAUUGCCCCUUUUCACAAGCAUGUUCUGUCCGAUUGGAGUCCAUCUUUAUCCUUGUUCUUGUUCGAGUGAAAGCUGCGUGACUUUGAUUGCAUCAAGUGGUAUCAAAGCUGCGUGACUUUGAUUGCAUCAGAUAUUGAUUAUGUGGAUUGUGGAGUGGAACAUUCAAAGUCGGUUGAGUUGACUUGAGACUCGGCUUUGAGUCAAAUAUAAAGAGUCGAGUAAAUU